AUGGUUAUUUGCGAAGCAACUAAUCAGCGAAGUUUGCCUCAAAAGUUGCUCAGUUGGAGGAGAUUGCCGAGCUGUACAUACAAUACGAACGCUAUUUCAGAUGUACUAAGACUCUUCGAUAGAGGUGGAUUUCCACCAAUGGUCAAUUAUCUUUUCCUUGGAGAUUACGUAGAUCGUGGCCAUCAGAACCUCGAAUGCAUAGCGCUAUUUUUUUCUUACAAGGAAGCAUUCGCAGCAAUGCCGUUCACAGGGCUUGUGGCUGGAAAAAUUCUUUGCAUGCAUGGUGGACUAUCUCCCAAGCUGAAAUCACUGGACCAGCUUCGGCAAAUCACUCGCCCUAUCGAUCCACCAAAUCCAUCAUUACAUAUUGAUCUUUUGUGGAGUGAUCCUGAUCAUUACGUCAAGGGUUGGCAAUCGAAUACUCGUGGAGUAUCUUACGUAUUCGGACAAGACGUGGUUAACGAAAUGUUGCCCAUAUUAGAUAUCGAUCUCAUAGCGAGAGCUCAUCAGGUAGUACAAGAUGGAUACGAGUUCUUCGCUAAUAAACGCCUAGUUACCAUCUUUUCUGCACCUCACUACUGCGGACAGUUCGACAACGCUGCCGCCAUGAUGAAUGUCGAUGAAGGACUAAUUAUGCGGCCUACCAUCAAAGCGAACAAAGUGGUAGCGCGGUCCAGUUAA